GCGCCCGUGCGAAUGUGGACAAUACCUUAAGUCUACCAGAAUAAGCGAAGCAACGAAACAAGUUAAGCACGGCAUUCGAAAGCCUUCAGCGCGGAAAGUGGAAACGGAAGUGCUUUGUGAAGUGUGUUCAGUUUAGAAGAGUAGUGAUUGAAAGAAAAAAAAUUUGUGCAAAUACAGAUUUAAGAAUAUUAAAACGUUCUGCAUAAGCGGCCACCAGCAUUUGAAAUGAAAGCUGUGACUCAUUAUUGCUUGUACAAAUUGCAUGCUGAAUAAGUGAAGUGUAUUAUAUGCGAGUAGAACUAACUGAAUACUGAUUGCUGUAACCAAGUUUCCUUGUGCCACAAAAAUACUUAGUAAAAUGUCUCCACGUCAUUAUACAAUAAAGCGGUUUCUCCAAGAAUAUAUCAUAUUGACAAGUUUGGGAUACGCUUUUUCCCGAUCUUUGCCAAAUGCAAAUAAAAGACCAACUCCACAAUUUGAACAUCAUUUUCAAAGUAAUUUGGCAGUGCACCCAUUUUAUUACGUUCAGCCGAAUUCUCAGGCUUAUUGGCCCCAUGAGCCAGUUGGUACUUUUUUUGACAAAAAGCGUGGUAUAUUGCGGUCAUUUCCCGGCGGAGGCGUACCAGUGUUGGUCGAUCAUCACAAGCGUUGUUCUAGCAACUUUGUGGGCAUUAAGCCACAUCCCAAUCAACGGCAAUACUACUACGUUUGUAAGCCCGAUUGUGUGAUAUUUGGAAAGUGUCAAAACCUGCAGUCGUUCGAUGCUACCAAAGCGCAGUGCAUUCCGUAUCCCACCCCUGACUACACUCCAGUGUGUGUAAAGCCUGGCCGCUUUCCCAUUUCAACAGAUUGCUCGAUAUACUACAGAUGUGAUGCAGACCUUAAAGCACACAUACAUUCGUGUCCACGAAAUACCAUUUUUUCGCCGCACAACGAAAAGUGCAUAUGCGGCGCUCAUUGCAAUCCAACAAAAGUUUCACUCCAUAGUUCGUAUAUUCCUCAGGACUGUGAACACAAAUUUCCACCAUGUCUGCAAAACGGCACUUUUCGCACGCCCACGGAUUGUUCUCUCUACUAUACAUGUGUUAGGCAAGAAGGGUCGCUCUAUCUGCAAACUCGCUUUAAAUGUCCAGAGCUAGAGUUUUUCGAUCCUACAAAGGGUACUUGUCAGCCGCAACAUGAAGUUCCCUGCGAUUCUAUACAACUAUCCGAAUUGGUAUUUCCCAGGCCACCACCACUACCCCACCUUCCCGUAAUAUAUUCUGCACAUUAUUCUAUGGACUCACUGGAUGAUAGUGAUUACCCAACGGAAUAUUCCCUAUCUUGCUCUAAAGAGGAUACAAUCAGCGCCAGCGUUAGCUCAAACGAAAGAAUGAUCUCAGAUUCUCCUGUACAAGCUACCACGUCUUCAAAAUUUCCUGCUUCAUUAACAACUUCACCAUCUAAACAAAUGGUUGAUAAAAGCUCUGAAAAUUCUAUCAAAAUAAUUACACACACACCAAGCCCAUUUCCAGCUUUUGCCUUUGGCGUAACAUCGACAAAACCCGUUUCACAAACUAAUUCAUCGCCAACACGAAAUUCGAAUACAAUAAUCCUCCCAUCAACUUCUCCGCCCUUAACAGUUGGCGAUACUUCCCAAACUUCUACUAAAACCUUUGCACCUAAAGCUAUUCCGACCAAAAAUUCAGUGGUUGUAGGUGCUUUCACUUCAACAUCUUUAAAUCCAGCUAUUGUGGGCUCUUCUCCUGGCAUAAUUUCAGAUCAAUCCAACUCACUAAUAGAUUUCGUUCCAUUCGUUCCAACAAAACUACAAACCAGAUCUUCCACAAGUGCGUUUUCAUCAACAGAUUCCUCAAUACUUCACUCAUCACGAACGAAACAUUCUACACCACUUUCCACAACUAUAUCUACGUUACCUAGAGACUUCUCUAUAACAAAUACCAGGUUAAAAUCAACUGCUGAAAUAACUACAACUCCUUUAGUACCCAGUUCAAUAACUCCGUCGUCGUCAACAAGUUUUUCAAGUUCUACAGCUGAAGAUCGCUCUUUACCAACAAAAUCUCACACUAGUACCUCUUUAAUAAAUACACUGCAUAUGAGUUCACCGGCUGUUCACUCCUCUUCCUUCGAAAUAAUUACAAACGGGACAGUUCCCAUUUCCGCUUCGCAACCGCACACUUCUCUUCCCAUAACAACUUUAUUUUCACCAGAUUCCACAACAACUGAAGUACCAACAACCCAUUCAAGAAGUAUACAAACCUCUAUGCCUGCUGAUCCUCCGAUUCUACCUCCGGUGACUUCUAGUCUAAAAGAAGAAAUAACGGCAAUGUCUCCAAAUAUGGCACCAACUACAAAUUUUUCUGUGGCAACUUCAUCGUUACUAGGUGAUUCUUCUCCAUUGAACACUACAGAAUCCAUUGAAGUGACUAAAAUUAAGCCAACUGUUUCUACCUCCACUUCAGUUACAGAAUUUCCAAUUCAGGCUACCGAUAUACCCAAGCUUGAGGUCGUAGUCUUCGGAAACCUGGAUUUAACUGUUCUUUAUUGCCCCAAAGAUUGUAGUAAGCAGCAUGAACAUAAAUAUGACAAAAAGGUUUUUGGUGAUCAACAUGUGGUCGGUAUUCAGUGGGAUCCAGCAAAGUCUAAAAAAACGUUGAGUAUUCAAACGGUUUAGAAGCCGACGGAAAAAACAUUAUUGUAAAUAAAGCAGUAGAAUUAGAAAUAUUUUUGAGUCCCUUAAUUAAAAUAUAGGUUA